AUGCGGCGCGUCAUUUGCGCGGCGCUGCUCCACGCAACCGCGGCGCUCGUGGCGCCGACGACGUCGCUGCCGCGACGCGCGCACCGCCGCCACGCGCAGCACCGGCAACCCACCCGGCUUUCGGCGCUGCCGCUCGCCGCCGCCGUGCGCAGCGCCGCGGAGCUGCGCUUCGACGCCUACGAGUGGUGCGCCAACUACGCGGCGCCCGCGUCGCUCGUCGCCGGCGCCGUCAUCGCGUCGCUCUACGACGUCGAGAACGACCCGUCCAUGGCGCCGCGCGCCGCGGACCGGCGGCGCGUCCGCGUCGCGAAGAAGGGCGUGCGCCUCAUGCUCAUCUCGGCCUUCACGCUCGAGAUUCUGGCCGUCUUCAUCACGACGAUCACGGGCACCAUGCUCCUGAGCGACGGCUCGGCGGCGGCCGCGGCGACGCCCAUGGCCAUGCUCAAGGUCACGUUCGAGCUCGAGUACCUCGCAUGUCGCGUCUGCUUCCUCCAGGGGCUCGUCAACUGGCUCGGCGCCAUCGCGCUGCAGCACGCGAUCCCGAAGGCCGGCGAGACGACGUCGACGCGACGCAUCAACAACUUCGUGUCCAGCAGCCUCUGCACGCUCAUCAUCCUCAUGGCCGCCAUCUACAACGACCACACGGAGUACCAGAACUACCUCCAGAUGCUCCGGCGGCUCGCGUUCCUCGUCGCGGCGCGCUUCUACGCGCACUGGCCGCCGCGGAUCAUGCCCGCGCUCACGGUGCCGGCCUUGCUCCUGACGACCUACCUCGGCUUCCGGGCCCUCGCGUCGCCCCAGGACGACGACAACGGGGCGCCGGCGUAA